GCAAGAGCUGCAUUUUUCCCUUUUUCGCCGCUCAAAUGGGCCGAAAAUCCCACCUCGAUUCCACUCAUUCCAAUCCAUCAACUCAUAUAAAAUAAUAAUAAUAUUAUUUAUUUUUAUAAUAUAAUAUCUAAAUAUCAUCAUCUCUAACAUCAUAUAAUGAUCUCUCUACGUCUCUUCGACUCCUCCUCUCUCUCGUUCUCUCCAUUUCAAUGGUUAGAAUCUUUACAGAUAAAGAUCCAAUCGUCGAAGACAACCUCUGGCAGCGAUUGGUUUCACGACGAGUGCAGUCGCGGCCUUGCCGUUGACGGCGAUAAAUCAUCGACUAGAUAGGAAUAGGAAUAGGAGUUGGGAAUACCAGGCUUGAAUUUUGUUUAGAAGCAUGGCUCUGAAUUCCGAAUCGGGACGAUCUGAGCAGAUCAUCUCUCAAUUCUUCUUGAAGAGCCUACACAUUAUUUUAGAUUCACGGAUUCCUUCCCUUCAUUGUCGUCCACAUGAUCACAAUAGUGACCUGCUGUCGGUCUCCCGUGCGAAGAAGAGCGACCGAUGGUUUAAUUUGGCGCUCGGAGACCGGCCUGCUGUGUUGGAGAAUCUGAACUUUUGGCAUCGGAGUCUCUUGGAUCCGAUGAUCAUUGAUGUUAUUCUCAUCCACCAGGGCCCGCCGGAUACGGCCGCGGCUGCGGGUGAUCCGUAUAAUUCACCACGGGCGAUGGUGGAGACGGUGAUAGAGAGGUGGGUCGUCCAAUACGAGUCCUCGAGGACGAGUUCUCAAGUUGGUGAGGGGCCCACGUCGUACAAGAAAACGUACAAGAAAUCGAUCAUACUGUUACGUUCUUUAUAUUCAAUUUUAAGGCUAUUGCCAGCAUUUCGGGUUUUUAGACAGCUGACGACGUCUACCCAGUCCUAUAGUUUCAAUCUCAGUUACAAGGUUUCUUCAUUUAGUGAACUGUUCUCACGGGAGGAGGAGGGGGAGAUGAAAAGUCACAAAUUCGCCCCUGUCGAUACCCAGUCUGGUCGGCUUUGUGUAGAUGUGAUGUACCGUCCGGCUUUGUCGGAUUUCAACCUUGAGGCGUUGAUGGCGUUUCCACCACAGAUAAUCACAGACUACGUAGGAAGCCCCGCUGCUGACCCUUUGAGGACAUUUCCAUCAUCCUCGGAUAGUGCUAUCCGUUCAACGACGUUUCCAUUGAGAGGGUUCCGCUCACCUUCUUCGACUCCACUUCAACGUCCGCAUAGCUGGACUAGUGGCAUUCAUAGAGCCUCUCCGACAACAACCCAUCCUUUCAGUGUAUCACCUCCAACUACUUAUCCCAUUGCUCCCAUAUAUUCAGAUUACCGCAAUUCACCUCCUGAUAUAUAUGGCCAGAAGACUGCAAACUAUAGGCCAUCAUCAGCUCAUAGAAAGGGCACGAGUUUCGACGAAUGCCGGCUUUCACCUCCAUUCUCACCAUCCCUGUCCCCGUCCCCGCCGACAUAUUUUUCAAGCACUAACCCUCUGCAUGCCCGAUUGCGUUCUGAAAGUUCCCCUGUAAGUAUCCCGCUUCCUGCAACGGGCAGAAGUCCCAGAUAUCUGAAUCCUAAUUCGUCCGACCCAAAUCGACAUUUUCUACCCCCUCCGUCCCCACGAAGUGUAAGGGCUGAUCAUUCAUCCCAGGACUCUCCAUCCGAAAGCAGAUCUUUCAGGAGAGAGUUCUACUCUGGAAUUGUCGGCCAGAAGGUGUUUAAGGAUGCUAGAGAUGAUUCGGGGCGCUUCUCGGGAGUGGUGUCUUCCAGCGGUUCUCCCCGGAUUGGAUUUUCAAGGAGUUCAAGCAGACUGUCUUUCCAGGAUGACUUGGAUGAUUGUGAUUUCUCAUGUCCUUUUGCUGUUGAUGACGUCGAUUCAUCGGAUUCUCAAGCAAGGAUCUCUUAUGGGAAGGAAGCUCCAGAAACUACUACAACUUUCCCAUCGGCCCGACAAUCCCAAGAUGCUGCCGUUGGCAUUCUCGUCCACAUGCUGAGGACUGCGCCCCCUCUGCGCCAAGACAGCUACUCAUCUCAAUUGUCCAAGUCCGAAUUUGAUGGGGAAGUUAGUGCCUCAGCAUCCUUUAUGUCUCGGAAAGCCUCUGAUGCGUUGGAGGAGCUCCGCAGCUACAGAGAAAUGAAAGACCUGUUGCUUUCACAGAGCGGAACUCAAUUGCAGGAUCAUCACUAAAGCAAAAAUCAAAGUAGGCUUUUCGGGUAAGCCCUUUUCAACUGAAUAUCAGCUUCAAGGGAUUCAACAUCAUUAACUUCAUACACAACACACCAAUAGCAUGGACGGAAUAGAGAUGUAGAUUCACAUAGAGUAAAUGUAUAUGUAUGCCAUAACUGAAGGCUUGCUGCUAUCAUUCAAACAUCCAUCACCAUAGACUAUAUAUAUAUAUAAGUUGGUUUUUCACUGA